AUGGAUUCAGAUUCGGAUCCUAUCAAGGCGUCAUACGAAGUAUUUGUGAAGCCUCGAAUAUCCGCCGAUCGCCAAGUAUACAUUCUACAAUUCCCUAAUCGAGAUGCGCGACAAAACUAUAAUGCAGCAUCUGGCGCUCAACCCUCGAAAGUGCGGGUCAAGCCAGUGGCUGGUAUGGUUGAGAUCGAUGUUCCGAUAGAUGCUCAUAACAAUUAUGAUCGGGAGAAAGGUGUCAAAUGGGGUGUAGCCUUAAAAAAAAGUAACAUAUCCAACAGUGGUGGAAGUCAUGGACUACCAGGUGGAUUUGGAAUUGGAGGAGCAAUGCCGAGUUCGAGAAGUAAAGGACGCGGCAAUGCCGCGGACGAAGACCUCAGGCCUGAAUUAUUACUAGAAGACUACGAUCUUGCUGUUGAAAAGGAGCAAGUACUUAUAAAACAGACACUAGGAGGUCAAUCAAUUUCAAAGGAUGAAACUACGCCACAGUAUAUGAUUGGGACCUUUAGGAAGAACCAACUCCACCUCACUCCUAUUGAUAAUAUCGUGCAGAUGCGCCCGCAAUUUCAUCACAUCGACGCCGUCAUAGAGCAAGAUCGCUUAGCUAAAGGACGAGACGCAGCCGCUGCAGGAAAGUCUGAAGCUCGAGCUGUUCACAUGACCGUCAAAACCCAGACAGAUGGUGGUAAUGGAGGUAAUACCGAGAUGCCUAUAGCUGCGCGUAUUUCAGCAGCGCAAGCCGAAGCCUGGAAGACACAUCUUUACAUUGAUGAAGAUGCAGAUGAAGCUUGGGCCGAAUAUAGCGAAAGCAUGUUUGUCUGCCCAAAGGCUGAGUCCACAGAAGACAUACUAGCCAAUGUACCACAGCUGCAAAGUGCAUUCAGUAAUGCAGAGUACCUGGAUGCAAUUAGUCUCCAAAGCGACCCGGCUAGAGUAGCAAAAACAAAACUCCUUCAACAGAAAACCGAGAUGAAGGCUUCUAGCGAAACUCGAACAAACGCUCAAGAGGACGAUCAAAACUAUUACUCUGAAUCUGGGGAUAACGAUGAGGCCUAG